AUGGAAGAAUUCAAACAGGACGACCAACCAGCUCCACUCGGGCCUCCACCGCCAUACCCAUAUCAGACCCAGGAUGUCUUUACUCAGUCUGGACUCGGAGGAUAUCCCCAACAAGUUCCGGUACUAACAGCUACGUCCACGGAACCCGAAGUUGGCCCACCACAAUACCCGGCUCAGACCGCUCCGUACACAUGUGGAGGCCAUUCACCAAUUGCUCCUCCACCUUACUCAGCGUUUACAGUCGGUGGUUCACCAUAUUCUGGACGAGCCCAAUGUGCAACUGCCAUAGGGACACAGCCUGGAGGAGGUAUGAUGCCGAUUGCGUACCGUGAUCAUCCUGUCUGUCAGCAGUGUCGUUCAUGUGGUCAGAAUAUCGUAACUAAAAUCGAGUACCAACCCGGUAUGAUAACAUGGGUAGCUGCUGGUAUUACAUGUAUGGCCGGGGCUUGGCUUGGCUGUUGCUUGAUACCGUUUUGCAUACCAGCAUGCAACGACGUCAACCAUCACUGUCCCAAUUGCAAUAUGUUACUAGGGAAGUAUGAUCGUCUUAACUAA